GGGCUUUUAGUGUUGAGAAAAGAAAGUUUUGGUGUGUUCAUUUUUACCCUAUUUGCAUUGCUGGCUAAGGAAAUCCUAGCCUGAAUGGGGAUUAACAUCUAAUAUUAACCAGCUUUCCCAACUCAUAAAAGCCUGGGAUCUUAGGAACAUCCCGAUGUACUUAUUACCCUUGGAAUUGUGAAUCUCAUGUCACCAGUAUGAAAUUAGUCUCUGCUCACUGGCUAAUGGAUUCUGCUUCACACCGUGUACGUUCUCUGAUUGAUGGUCCUUUAUUGCUGGAAAACAACCAGGAAAAUUCAUGCAAAGGGGUUUGGAUUCACAAACUAAAAAACAACUAGAGGAAGAAGAAAAGAAGAUAAUUAGUGAAGAACACUGGUAUCUUGAUGUACCAGAUCUAAAGGAAAAAGAGAGCUGUAUAAUAGAAGAGAGAAGCUUUCUGCGAUGUGAGGAUCUCGUUUAUGGCAGAAUGUCCUUCAAAGGAUUCAAUCCUGAAAUCGAGAAGUUAAUGAUCCAAAUGAACUCCAAGUGCAAGGAGGAAAAAAUUGAAGAGGAUGAUAAAAUGGAGGCUGAUGUGUCAGAUGAAGAAAUGGCCAGAAGAUAUGAAACAUUAGUGGGAACAAUAGGGAAGAAAUUUUUGAGAAAAAGGGACCAACGUGUACUCAAGGAUGAUGAUGAAGAUGAAGAUGAUGAAGUUGAAGAGGGGAAUAGUAAUGCAAGACCUAGUAAAAGAGCUAAGAAAAUGUUCUUAAAACCUCAGGAUUAAUGUCAACUGCACAAGUGGAGCUUGUUACCUAAUGCCUACCAAACAGAGUACCAAGAACUGGAGAUUGUUUGGAGUUUUUGCUAUUUAAUGUAAAGUGUGGAUUUGUAAAUCUGUUCUAUUCUCAUUGAAAUUUCUACCAUCCACAGGACAGACACUUUCCAAAGUGGGUGUUUAUAUAAUGGAUGUUGUACAUCCUUUCCUCUCUCAGCAGCUUUUCAUGAGUGGGGCGCUCAUCCCAUCAGUCUCUUUAAAUGUUCUGCAUAGUUAAAUUGAGUGUUGCAUGCAAUCAAAAGCAAUGUUAUUUACAGUUUAGGAUAACAUCUGAAAGAAGUAUUUGGAGUAAAGAUGAGCUGUGUCCAAUUCAAUAAGGCAGUUCAGCUUUCACUGCUUGCUUUAUUAUGAAAAUGAAACCUGCGCUCUCUUCAAAUUGAAAAAAGUCAGCAGAAACAUGCUUGGUUUGUGAUCUUUUUUACUGUGCUGAAAAUAAGAUGAGAGAAGAACAGAGAGAUAAAAUCCACUGUAUUGAAUUUUAUUUUUUAUAAAGUUUAUUUAAAAAUAGAGGAUUUUGUAGUGAAACUUUUUUUAUAUACAGCAAGCCAAAUAUUGGGCAACGUUUACAGUUUGACAUCUUAGCAGAUUGUGAAUCUUAGUUUCUGCCUUCCAAAAGAAAUUUGCUAAUUUUGCCUCUUUUUCAGCAAAAAAAUCCAAUCUUAUAAUUAUGUAAGUCUUGUAAUAAAAGCAUAAUAACAGUUUCAGAAACACACUUGAAAGCAGAAUAAAAACUGUGGGGUUUUGUGUUAAUGAUUGUGGAUUAGUUUAUUUAGUGUAAAAAAUUAUGCUUAAUACAGUCUGAUACAAGGAGAGAUCCUGUUUUUGUGCUGGCCACAGAUGUCCCCCAACAUUUAGCUGAGUGCACUGAUUUAUUUAGCAUGUGAUGAAGCCAUCUGAAGUAAUAUUAGGAUAGAAACACAGUUCUCUUUGGUCAGUUGGUGCUCUGGGUUUUUUGAAAAACAUCAGUGUGUUCUUGUCUAAAAUCACAGCAAUUCUUUGUGCACAGCCUUUCAACAAGAAAUAUUGCUGUUGCUACAUUUCCUCAGGAUGCCCAAGCUACUCAUCCUUAAUGCUGGCUUUCUGCAGAAAGGAAUUUGUUAAUUGAAGUGAGGAGUGGUCAUUUUGCCAUGGGCACAAGGCUAUUUUUCUGUCUUUUUUUAACAGCUCAGUGAAACAAGAUGUGAAACUCAAUUAUUUAAAGAAGGACACUGUGUCUGCUGUAUUUUGCUUGUGAUACAUGAACUAUGAUCCAUAUAUCAGGAGCACCUAAUUAGAUAUUCAAGAUGGAUCACACAUGGAAAGAGAAAUAUACUUUUAACCUAGUAAGGGGACUUUGUGCAGGUGGAAAGGCUGUGAUUCAUGAUCUGAGAUAGUUUUUCAGAGCUAAUUAAAUGCUACUGGUUCAAUUACUUAAAACUUGAUCAUAUAUUACUGCUAGCUGAAAAGGAGUUAAUGAUGGCAAGACAUUUUUCUUCCCAUGGAAGAUGUGACCUGAGCUAUGAAAUGAUUUAUUGUUGGUCAUCACAAGAAAAACUUGGAAUACAUCCCAUUAUUCUUCUUGCUUAUUAGUAGGAAAAUGAUUCCUCUGAAUGGAUUUCUUGAAUGGAGAGUGAAUUUCUGCAUAGCUGUGCUGAAUAACUGAGGGGUGAGGUGUGUUCUGGUGAGCCACCAGCAGCCAGGAGAUGUCACUGCAAUUGCAUGUCCUGAGGGGCUGUGGGUUGGGCAAGUGUCCAGUGGUGCCAUGGAAAGAAGCUUUUUGGUUAUUUUGGUAACAGCAGUGGCUGAGAUGGAUUCUAUGUGGAGUCUUCCUUUUUCAGGCUUCUGCAGAGAGCUCUCCUGCAUUGCAGGAUCUGUUCAGUCCAGUGGGGAGUAAUUCUGAUUAAGGGCAUUCUGCCUCCUUAAUUUCACAUCAUUCCCUGAGGGAUAGCUGGACAUGAGAGUGCCACAGUGCAUGGAUAAGCACAUGAGAAGCUAAACAGUUUCCUAGAAAAUCCACGAUUUUGGAAUUGGGACAGAGGAAAGUUGGUUCUGUUUCAACAGAACUGUGUUGAACAAACUGUGAAGAAAAGGUAGAUUUUAGUUUAUUGUCUUUAAAUCUGGGAGCUUUGCUGUUCACAUUCAGCUGGUGGCUCAGUGCUACAGUAAAAUCAGCUACUAUUUUUAGCACAAUCUUUUAUUCAUGGGGCAUUUGCAAAAUAUGCCUUUAAAAGCACCAUCCAUAGUGUGUUUUUGUGAGCAAGACAAAACCAAAACUCAGCCCUGUGUGACUUUUUAAAUAUACUUUAAGUACAGAGUUACAAGCAGACAUGGUGGGAUGUUCUGAAAUACCUGUCUGCAUUUCCAAUGGUAUAAAUACAUUUAUGGAUGGAUUUAAGUCUGACUUGAGCUUCCUACCUGAGGUAGAAACAUUGUGCUGUAUAAAAUCUGUGCUUGAACUACUCUUGACAGAGGUGUAAGCAUAGCAGUGAAAUAUUCAUAAAGCAAACCUGCAUUGAUUAAGAC